GAAUAAAAGAUUUCUUUCUUCCGCUUUACAGAAGAGUUGAGCGAGGGUUUCACAGUCCGGGCUUAUCAGGAUCACAGGAGCGGCCGAGAAGAUCAAGUUCUGCCGAGCUCUGUUUAGAGCAGAGCUUCAAGGGGAAAGGAAAAUCAAAGAUGGAGACACCAGCAGCUCAGAGAGUUUUGUCAACAAAGGAGGCCGACAUUCGAAUGAUGUUGGCAGCUGAUGUCCAUCUUGGCACCAAAAACUGUGAUUUUCAGAUGGAGCGUUACGUCUUCAAACGCCGGAAAGACGGAAUUCACAUUAUUAACAUCUCGAAGACCUGGGAAAAACUUUAUCUUGCGGCUAGGGUCAUUGUUGCUGUUCAGAAUCCAAAGGACAUAAUUGUCCAAUCUGCAAGGUCUUAUGGUCAGAGAGCUGUUUUGAAGUUUGCUCAAUAUACUGGAGCUCAAGCUAUUGCCGGGCGUCACACUCCUGGAACAUUUACCAAUCAAAUGCAAACUUCCUACAGUGAGCCUCGACUUCUUAUCCUCACUGAUCCAAGAACUGAUCAUCAGCCAAUCAAGGAAGCCGCUCUUGGGAAUAUCCCUACCAUUGCUUUCUGUGACACUGAUUCUCCAAUGCGCUAUGUUGAUAUUGGUAUCCCAGCAAACAACAAGGGGAAACACAGCAUCGGAGUUCUGUUCUGGAUCUUGGCAAGGAUGGUCCUGCAGAUGCGCGGUAGUGUUGCUCCUGGUCACAAAUGGGAAGUGAUGGUCGAUCUUUUCUUCUACAGGGAUGAAAAAGAGAACAAGGAAAAAGAGGAGGAAGAUGCCCCCGCCGCUCAAGAAUACAAUGACUAUGGUACUGCUCCUUAUGGUGCUGACUGGUCAACUGGCCAAAUUGCGGAUUCCCAAUGGACUAAUGAGCAACCCAGUGCAGCUCCUGCUGGGGACUGGGCAUCAGUACCUGAUGGGUGGGGCGAAGCUGCUGCCCCUGCCCCAGCCGCCGUGCCUCAUGGCGGAGUUGUGGUUGCCGCCGAAACUGUUUGGCCGCAGUAAUCUCUCCUCUCUUCAAAAGCUUGCAGUAGUUAUUCAACAAUCUUAGUAGAGAGAGAGCAUUGAUUGUUCUUGCAAGGAAUUUUUGAAUGGUCUUUUAUCUUCUGCUCGUCCGUUUUUGGAUUUCUUUGUUAUGACUGGUUGCGUUUUGUGAGCCUUCAUCAACAAUUUGUUUUUUUACCUACUGUUUGACUGAUCAUUGGAUUGUGCACUAAGUAAUUUUCUUCUCUCAGAACUAAAUUUAACUUCAAAAG